AAUGAGCAAAUACAAACCACAAUAAACGAACAUCUUAAUAAACUGGAACAAGUUGGAUUAAUGGGUGGUGAACCAGAUCUUAAUAACAACCAAGCUACAGAAGAAAAGCAGAGCAAUCUCACAAUAUUUAUAACAAUAUACUCAUUUGCAGGAACAAGAAAUGACAUUAUUCAAGAUAAUUAUUCACCCAUUUCUACAAUCAACAGAAGGAUAGUAAAUCCAACAACACAAGACACUGCAUCUAAUGCAGAUAAUGUACUGUCAAUAAUAAGACACAAGGCUUACAAAUAUUAA